GCCUAGAUCGAGUCACGAAGAGGUGAAUUGGGAGAACUUCUCUCCCAGCUGCUGGUGGACAUGGAACUCGCUGUCCCGGCCGCAAGAGAACACAUCCAUGGUAAGUUUGACCUUGAAGCGAUCUCUGAUCACUUGGCCAAAGCUACCACGGGUGUAGAGAUGGUGGCGGCAGCAACAGAGAUCCAUAAAGUCAUUGGCCAGUGUCGUGAGAUAUUGGACCAAUUCACCAUCCAACAGUUGGAAGAGAUUGCCCAACGGAAAGAUACCGUGCCAGAAGUAAAGGUAGAAAGUAUUGAAGAGAACAUACAACAGUUGAAAGAGACACUCGCGAAAGAAGAAAGUAAGCGAGAAGAACUGUUACAAAAGAAAGAACAGGAAACUAGGUUGCAGCAGAGAAUGGGUAGAGUUCAGCAACACGUUUCUUUGGAUGAGAAGGAUGUCGCCCAGACGCUGGGGCAAAUACUGACGUAUCUGGCUUUCCUUGAGGAGAAAUUGGACCAACAGCAGAAUAGAAUGGAUGAAUUGGUUGUUGGUCUCCACGUCAUCACUAACAUCGUUAAGGGGAAAGCCCCUUUGAUUGAAAGUGAGGAAGGAAAAAGAAACGAGGAUAAAAAAAAUGACGUUAAGAUUGAUAAGUUGCGCAUCGGCGGAAUGAAAGACGGCGACGCAUCCAAAAAGGAAACGGAAAAGAAACCGGAAGAGAAACCGGAAAAGAAACCCAACGGGAAUGGUAAUGGAAACGGGAAUGGGAACGGGAACGGAAAUGGGAAUGGUGGUCCCAACGGUCCCCCUCCCCCUCCUAAGGACAAUUCCAAAUCCGCAGAUCCGACUAAGCCAAAGAAAAAGGAAAAGGUGAAGAUGAAAUUGCCUUUUACUUUUUCUAACAAGAAAGAAGAAAACCUUCCUCUUUGGAUCGCUGAGAUCCAAACCUACGUUGGGACUGCCCCGGCAGAAGAAGAGUCGCAAGUUGCGUUCACCACUUCUUGUAUGGGGGGAGAGGUGAAACAAUGGGUUCUGGCGGAAGCUAAUGCCGCGGGGUUUGACGAUAUAGAUGAUUGGGCGAAGACCAUGACCUUGAAGCAGUUCCUUGCAAAAGUCAAGGACCGCUUUCUGGACAAGACUACGACCGAUAAGGCCUUCGACCAACUCACCACGAUAGGGCAGAAGUCCUGGUCUUCAGUUGAGUCAUUGUCUCGUGAGGUUGACCGACUGUUGCAGGUUUCCGGUCUUAACCUGCAGGACUCUCAGGUCCUUUACAUUUACUCGCGUGCAUUGCCCGAACCGAUCCGAGGGCACUUGGUCGCCGAGGCCAAGUCCGGUAAGUAUAGUUACCGUCAGUUCCGCGACCUGGCGUUGCAGCGGGAACAAAUGACUUCGCAAGUCAAAGGUUCCUAUGCUGCUGCCGUAAAGAAUGGAGGAGGAAGCAGUCGGGGAGGCUACGACAAGCGGGUCAUAUGGCGUCAAAAGCGCCAAGACCACACCCUCGUCGUAUUCGACGACGAUACAAUGGAGAAAUGGCCAUUGGAGAACGAGGGUGCUGGUGACAGCAGCAGUGACCCCGGAAAAGGGGAGGUUACCGCUGCAACGGUCAACAAGGGAGGACUGUCAUUGAACACUCGACCGAAGGGAAGACCACGCUCCUUCCCAUACCAUCCUGGGAUUGCGGUCGGCAGACCGUGGCUGAAGAUGGGACUAACCCGAGAGGUGUGGCAAGAUAGAAUGGAUAAUGCGCAGUGCCUCAACACGAUGACGGUAACGCAGUACGUCGAUCGUGUUCGUUGUGAGUUCAGUACCAAGGAUGGAAAGAAGAUUUGGCAUGAGCUUCCCUUCCUGAUCGAGAAGAACAUGCCGUUUGAUAUCAUCUUGGGAAUGGAUUGGCACGAGGAAGCUGAUCCCAAGAUUGAUUUCAAACAGAAAGAAGUAAGAAUUAAGGAUGAAUCGUCUGAGUUACAACCGAUUAAGUUGUAUCAUCGGUCAGGGUCUGAUUCUGUCUUGUCUUUUUGCUGUAUGAGCUACCCUGCAUUCCGAUCGAUGGUUGCAAAGAAGAAGUUAGAGGAUGAGGUAGUAAUGUUGUUAGUUAAGAAAGUAGGUGAGUCUUCAACUACCCAUCCUCYUGGCAUAGAUGCACUCCUAACGRAGUUUGCCGAUGUUCUGUCUGAACCAACCGGGGUCACUUCGCGUGCUAUCAAGCACACGAUCGAGAUUGUGCCCGGUAGCAAGGUUCCCAAGGGCCCUAUCUAUCGCUUGUCUCCAAGGGAACUUGAGGAACUUAAGAAACAACUGUUUGAGUUGACGGAGAAGGGAUGGAUUCGCCCUAGCUCCUCUCCUUAUGGUGCACCUGUCUUGUUUGUGCCCAAAAAGGAAGGUGAGCUGCGCCUUUGCAUCGACUACCGAGGGCUGAAUGCCGUCACCGUCAAAAACGUCGAACCUUUGCCAAGGAUCGACGAUCUCUUGGAUCAGUUGCAGGGUUGUCGAGUCUUUAGCAAGAUCGACCUUAAGUCUGGGUACCACCAGAUCGAGGUGGAUCCCGCCGAUCAGCAUAAGACCGCGUUCCGUACGAGAUAUGGUCAUUACGAGUUCAUCGUGAUGCCAUUUGGUCUAACGAACGCACCUGCGACCUUCCAAAGGUCAAUGAACGAGUUGUUUAGGCAAUGGCUCGACGACUUUGUAAUCGUCUACUUGGAUGACAUUCUAGUGGCUGAGAAGUUUGACGUCGCAUUUGUUGAACCCAAGAAGAAAUUGAUGACAAGGGCGGAGUUGCGCACUGCCAUUGCAAGGAGGCGGGCAGGCAAUCGUAAAGGGUUCAUAAGUGGGCUUGACCCAUUUUCUGAUGAAGAGCAAGCGAAAAAGGAGAAGCGAGCAGAGCGAUUUGUUGCCACCUUAGCGCUUCAAGAUGUUUCAAUGCAUGACAAAGUGGACUCCUACAGUAUGGAGAAUGCUUGGCAAUCAACAGAGCGAGAGCGCAUUGGAAUGUCCCAGACCCUUCAGGCUGCUACAGUCGACCGCGGCUUGGAUGUGUUGGAGGCACGCAAGGAUGUGCGGCCUGGCACAAAAUUGCGACGUGAGACUAUUCACAUUUACGGGACAGACCGUAUGUCGACGAAGGAUGUAAUGAUGUACAUGAAGGAUUUCGGACCAAGUUUUGUGGAAUGGAUCAACGAUUCUUCUUGUAAUAUCGUCUUUGAAGAUAUAUACAGUGCAAAGCGGGCGCUGAUUGGGAUGGGCAUCCCAGAAGAAACAAUGUCAGAGCCAAUUGCUGGCCAAGAGCCUCUAGCACGGUGGUAUAUCGGGAAACCUUUCUGCAAAGGCGCAGUACAGAUUCCCCUAUCUAUGCGGAUUGCGUGUGUCGACGAUGUGAAACCGACCAAAGGAGUAAUUUCAAGGCAUUUGUGGGAUGCAAGGCCGCUACUCAGACUACCUGCAGCGCAGCGCAGCAGAGGGAUGGCGCCCGCCGCUGUCAGGAGGAGAAGACUGCUACCGGUUGAGCCUGAAACUGGAUACGAACCGAGUGAGGAUCGAUUGAUCCCCCAAGCAACGUCAGGCGAGAGCGUUGGUGGCGGCAUUGCUGGAGUGACGAGAGAUCAGCAUAAACGGAAACACACAAGAGCUGCUGAUGCCAGGCAGGAGAACACAUCGGCAAGAAGACGGCCAAGGCCGAAGGUUACGCGGCCUCGUAAACUGCAGAAUAGCUUGUAUAGUAUUGACAUCAACCAUAUUCAAAACUUGACUGUGAACAUAACAAACAGUGGUGCUGCGAAUGAAGCGACAAGAAACGGGAAACGGAAGUCGGCGGGGAGAAGAGCUGGUGUCGAUGUGGGGGCGGGGCAAGCACCUACGGUUGUCAUGGGGGGUGCAGGGUCAGCCCCAUUUAAUGUGCGAGACCUCCGCGACUGGCUUAACAGGGGGUUGUUCUCGGAGCCCGAUAGUGAGGGUGAUGAUGUACGAGAUGAUGGCUAUGAUGAAGGUAGCUACGAUGGCGAGCAUCAAGAGGAGGGCUCUGAGGAAAGGGAGCCCUCAGAAGAGAGAAGGGACGAUAAGGAAGAUGGAACGGAAGUGGAUCCAAAUGACCGUUGGGAAGAUGCAGAAGGGGGGGAGGUUGAAUCUGGAUACGGAUUUGAAGACAGAUAUGUUGCCAGCGACUCGCGUUGGGAGGACGAGUACCUCCAGGAAGGGACGUGCGAAAAAUCCAACUCCAAACAAACGAUGGAAAGUGCUGUGAAGAAGGAUGUGAAGGUAUCAAAACCGUCAGCGGAGGGAAAAGAGGGAAGGGAGGAAAGAGAUGGUUUGCAUGAGAAACUAAGGAGAAGAGAGAGAAUAGAGAGUAGAGGGGUAAGAGAGAGGUGGGAUGGGAACGGUGGGAGAGGAGGUAGGAGGGACGUGAGGGAUGCGAGAGAGGGGAGGGACAGGAGGGAUGUGAGAGAGAACUCUCAGAUUAGGGAAGUGAGAGAUGGUAGGGAUGGACGACAAGAUGGGGGUGGGCGGGUAGAGAGGGAACGAAAAGAUAAGAGGGAGGACAAGGAACGAGCAGAAGCGAGAGAAGGGAGGGAAAAACGGGAGCGGGAGAGGGAGUGGAGAGAGAUGAGGGAUGGCAGAGAGAAGCGGGAGAGAGAGAGAGAAUGGAGAGAUGCAAAGGAACCCAAGGAACGCUCACAAACCGAAGAUGGAGGGAGGCGGCAUGAGGCACACAAAGGUGAUGAUAAGGAUAUCAGAAAGAUGGCUGAUGAGAGGGAAGCGAGAAAGAGGGGGAAGGAGAAGAGGAGAGACUGAAGAACUGACAAUAUUUCUGUCCGUUGGGCAAAAGCGGAGGAGGGCUUCUGUGUAUUAUGUGCACGUGUGGACUUGAGAUUGCGGCAAUCCUACCUGCCAUUCAGGUCGAGGUCCAGAUCUCUGUUCAGGCCAGUAUUUUUUGGCACUAUUUCGUUUUUUUGUAGUUCGAUCGACAGCGAAGAAUCUACUCAGACAGCCGUCAAUCUGUGCCGUUAGCAGCAGUGGAGCAGAAACCUCUUCCAAACGGCACAGAUUGACGGCUCAGAUUGUACUCGUCGGAUGACAGGCUACAUAGGAAGGUAUGGGCUUUCCUUGUUGGCCACUCAGACCCUCGUUCGUCUGUUCACGGUAAAUGGAAUCCCCAGCAAUAGCAUCAUAAUUAUCCGAUUGGCUUAUCGAAAUUAGCAGAAAGGUGUGAAAAAGCCCAGGGAGGCUGGCAUAGUAUUUGGGUGCGCGAUUAUGCAAUCUGAUUCCAUAGUAUUUGUGACCACAGUCACCACAUAGUAUUUGGACAUAGUAUCCGAUCCUCCUGCACCCACAGCAAAUGAGAGAAUUCGGAAUGUGAUUUUGCUUUCUGACACAGCAGCGCGUAAGUUCAGCAAAAUGAUAAAAUCCUUUCAGAUGA